AGGGUCCCGUUUACUUUUGAAAAUUACGCUGAUACGUUGCGGAUCUACGCCCCGUUUAGUUUUUUACUCGGUUUGCUACGCAAACGCAUGCGCACCCCGGUACCUUCUUACUCACGUACUUUCGCCUUUGCUGUGCCUAGCCUAGGUAUCCUUUAAGUACAUUUUUUUUGGCUUUUUACUAUAUCAGGAAACAUCAAACGGCGCAUGAAAAAACGUCUGCCUGGCUACUGGUCAAUUCCACUGAGUGGAAAAACAACAAUGGCGUUACUAAUCUGCAAGUCGUUGUGCCUGGCGAGCACCCGCACAGCGAGGGCACGCCGGUGGACGGAAUUUGCAGGACCGAUGAAAAAUACGGUUUUUUGAUGAUUCACAUCCAGUAGAGAAGAGCUUUUUUUCAAGACACCACCACCCACGCCGUUCGCCAUGGCGUCCCCUUCGAAGAAGGUGUACGACCCAAAGGAGCUAGAGGACGAUCCCGACCUGCUCGAGUACGGAAAAUGGCUGGAUUUGCAGAAGAAAUCGCGGCAACCGGCGGUCCAGUUCGAAACGAAGGAGUACGGGCAAAUUGCGAGGUACUUCUCUAAUGGAUCAAGUUUGCAAUUUUGAGUCUUCUUUUACAUUUUUGACACAAAGUGGAUGUGCAUCUUGCAUGUUCUUGCUGAAGUAUAGAUGGGCCUCGACGUUCUUGAGAAUCAAAAUGAAAAUGAAAUCGUUCCGCCCUGAAAUAAAUUAUCCAACAGGCUGUGCAUGAUCCCCGUGAUGCACGGUGGCCCGGACCCGCCGAUUCGGGGCUACGACUACGAUCCGGAGAUCCACGCGGCACCCCCGCAGGACGAAAAUCCGUGGGAACUGGCGAGUCAGCUGCACUGCACGCAGGCGAUGGAAAACAUCCUGAACGCGCGUGGGGAGAACGAUUUCCUCAAGGAGCGGAAAAACGUGAUUUCGUUUCUGGGCGCGCCCGGCUGCGGGAAGUCCGUUUUGCUGAAACUUCUGCUCGCUACCAACCCAAAUCGGCGGGACGGCGAGGACGCCUGCCGCGUGGCCACGCAGUACUACCCGGUCCGGGAAGUGGAGAUGAAGAAGUUCAAAGUGAGGAGGUACUUGGAAGCGAAGAAAGGCCGACGCGGCCGCGGGUCCACGAGUAGUGCGUCGCCCUCGCCAAGCCCGACCGGAAGAGGGGGGCGGAGAGGGAGCGCUUCGCCGAGCGGAGGUGCGGCUGGGACGAACGAGAAUAAUUCCCUGAUGAACACGACUUCAAACACAGUUGCAGGAGGAGAACUAUUAAAUGGUUCAACAGCACCUUCCGCAGUAGAUCCGCAGUCGCCUACCAACGGCGCGGAGUCCACCUCCGGCCAGCAGGCCGCCGCGAGCCCGGAGAUGAUCUACGACAUUGAGGACAAAUUUUUCUUCUACCGACGGCAGUUUAACCGGUUCCGCGAGGCCAACGGCGACCACAUGCCGCCGCUGAAGAUGCCGCCGACGGAAGGGAUCCACUUUCACCACUGGAAGGAGCACGAGGUGCUGCUGCUGGACACCACGGGCAUGAACUUCUUCGGGGAAACGCCGGAGGAGCUAGCGGCCAUGGUGGAGACGACGACGAAGGAUUUCAAUGCGGAUCCCGGGAAGGAGAAGGCGACGAGGAAGCGGAGAAAAAAGAAAUCCACCUACUACGCCGAGGAGAAGGAGACCGAAACGGACAUUUGGGACGACAGCUACAAGAACUUCCUGCCGCCCCUGCUCUAUGGGUUGAGCGGCAUCUUGGUUCUCUGCGUCCCCUACGAGUGCGACUACGUGGACUUCGUGGAGAACACGUUGCGCGCCAUCAUCGCCAAGGUGCGCAACGCGCCCCGGCCGGCGUUGGUGCUCGUGCGGAUCCGGAAGAAAAGGAAGGAAGACGACAUGCGGGACGAGGCAGCGGAGCAGGAGAAUUUCGACAAGAAGAGGCUCGCCGAACAACGGCGGCGGGACCGGAAGUUGCAGCGCGAGACGAAGCGCAUGAAUCUCGACAGUUUGAUGGGCGGCACGACCACGAGCAUGGUGACGACGUUGGAUGGCGGGCUGACGCUGAAUUUACCGCUCGACCAAGGCGACGACGACGAGGACCUGGAGGAGAAUCCGCAGAUGCCCGACGGCAUGCCCAACGCGGUCGGGGCUGCGGUGAAGGAACCAGCAGACGCUCAGGGGGAGCGGCCCGGCACGAAAGAGUCCUCGGCCGGCGGCGACAGUUUACUACUGCCGCCUUUAAGUCACAGCACCGGCACCGGGACCAGGCCGGGCACGACGGACAACGCACUUGUACCGGAUAAAGGCGAUACUGCAGCCGCGGGGGAAGGGGAGGUAGGUGUAGCGGUCGCAGAGAAAGCCGAUGGUGUAAAUGAAGCAGAUGCUGAACAAAAUCAACCAGGAACAAACGAACCCAGCAGAGACAACCUCCAGUCGGGUAUAAUUUCCAAGCGUGAGCAACUCGAAGAGGAGGAAGAAGAGGAGGAGGAGGAGGGCGGCAGGAGACAUAAGUACAAAGCGAGCACCUCCUUCAUGGAUGAGUUCGACGACGAGGACGAGCAGCAGCAGAAUAAAAGCUCGUCGUCCGAGGCGUUUUUCACGGACAUGGACGAGCCGGUGGAUACAAGCAAGUCCACCUCGAUUCUGGAAGAAGAUUUCCUGGACCCGACGAAACUCGACGAGAUGCUCGGCGAGAAGGCGGAGCUUCCCUACAUAAAGGGCGAGCAGUUCGACUUUUACACCACCGACACGCCGGACGAGCUGAAGAGGUUUCAGCUGUACUUCCACAGCAUCCGCAUUUUCACCAUGGAUUCCUAUCCCGGGCUCACGUUCGAGAAAAGCAGGCGGUUCAUCAAGCAGCUGCAAAUCCUGCGAAAUUACUUGUUCGACCUCCAAGACUCUAUGAACGAGCUGAAACAAGGACCCGCGGGCCGGUCGACGGUGCAGCAGGACGCGGAGUACAAAAUCUGCCUUCCGGUGUGGCACGGUCUGUCGAACUACCACGUUUUGUACCUGCUCAAGGUGCUCGUCGCCUGGAGUAAUCUGAAGUUCCCGCUCUACAUGGCCCUCGGGGCGGCGUACAUAACCGCCCACGUACCCAACGUGUCCGAUUUGCGCUUGGUAAACUUCCAAGUUAUGCGCGCGUUUGUGGCGGACUUGCUUUCGCCAAGGGGCGGCCGGGUGCAGGAAAGUCUAGAUUUGCGGUGGACAGCGGCAAUCUCGGCGAUUGCCAGGUAUGGUUAGUUGGAUUUUCAUUUCUUUCCCUUGUUUUCGCUAUACGUAUACAGGCGGGCGGUUCUUCAUUUUUGCACCUCCGCAUCUUCGAGAUCUUUUGAGUAACUAACUGAAAUUUCCAGGUACGUCGUGAAAAUGGGUUCCACGCUGCGCGAUCAAGACUACUGGCUACUGCAAAACGAGUUGAUGCAGUGGCUGCCAUGCUCCGCCACCUCAAAGCACCCAGAAACCGGCGAGAUCUCGACCUGCUCGCAGCCGCGUGCGUUGCACGGCCUGAUUCACCGCUGUGACCGGACCGGGUGCGUGUGGCCCGGCGAGUACCAGACGCCCAAGUGGACAUUCAACCCCAUCGAACAAGCCGUGGAACUUCUUGCAGCCUACGAGGCCGUCGUCCGGGCACCGGAGAAACUUUCGAUGACGGAAGCCAACAUGCCGGAACACGAGCGCCCGGACAAGAAGGACGAGGCCUUUUUCGAGCGCACGGCGAACACCGGCGGGUUUGACCUGUUCUCCGACCGGGUGAGCGACCAGUUCGGCCCGCCCUUUUGCGCGCUGUGCUUCAAGGUGAUGAUGCGCGACGAGGAAGUGCUCCGGGAGCUGAACCGCGACCGGAAUCGAGAAGCGCUGCUAGAAACCGCGUUGGACCGGAAAGACAAGAUUUUGGAGGAAAAGGAAAGGAAACGCAUCGAGCGGGAAGAGAAGAAGCGGAUCGCGAAGGAAGCGACGAGCAAAGUGAAGAAAAAGGGGUUGAUGGCCGGGAAGUUGCGGAAGGUCUUAAACCCGAGCGGCUUCCGAUCUGGGUCUCCUUCCUCACGCUCCCCUUCCCCCGGGAAGAGAGACUCCAAGGAUAGUGCCAACGACGCCGCUACGCCCGAGCCGAAGCGCAGGCCGGACCUGUCGCCGGACAGUCCGGAUUACAGUCCCGUGUGCCUGGAGGUCGACGACGAGGACAGUCUCUCACCCUACCAGCGAGGCCUGCGAGAAAGGGGUUUAAGGCGGACGAAUGAACGGAAGAAGGUGCUGAUGGCCCAGGGCUUCGGCGAGGCGGCCUACCCCGACUUGAAACGCAUCCUCGCCGAGCAGGAGGAAAAAGAGCGACAGCGGCAGGAGAUCGAGCGCCAGCGGCGCAUGGCGGCGGAGCGGGAAGAUCUGAAAGUGUCCGCCGGCCACAGACUCUUGAAGCAGCGAGCGAUUUCCCGCGAGCACAUGCGGCAGAAGUCGAAAGACGACGGCGCCUCGACCUCGGGUGUGUCCCGCGAGCGAUCCGCGUUCGGCUCCCCGAGCAAACAUCUGCAGGAGGAAGACGAUGCGAAAGUCGUUCCUCUGCCCGACAUCGCAGAAACCCUGAAAAACCACAAGUGGUACGUGGCAAAAGCGGGCAUGGCACGCGUGGAGCAGCGCGAGGGUGUGUGUGUAGAAAUGGACGCGCACCUGGGGACGAUAUUUGAGAAGGAGGGGUACGAAAAUGACUGCUUGGAGAAUAACGCAGCGAAUGAGAAGCCGUCCCCGAAGAAAUACCUCUCCGGUCUGACGCAAGUCGAAACCGCGCACAGCCCGUUAAGGAAACGAGACUACGAAGCCCGAUUGACUACAUACGACAAGGCCACGUAUUUGCGCGAUCACCACCGCACGGUGAGUGAGCGCUUCGCGGACAUAAUGAGCCGUCCGCCCGUGGUGCGGGACAACCGUGGCGCGCUGGUGGUUCCGAAAAAACUGGACGAAAAUUCCCUGGAAAGCGCUAUAAUAGCCGGUGUGGACACAGAAGCGAUCACGAGGGAGCAAUACAUGCGCGAGGCGCAGGUAAGACUAAAAGAGGGUGGUUAUUUUCACGGGUGAUUUGUGCAGCAGCCCAUAGAUACAGGAGCUUUUUGUUGAUGAAUUGAAACCGAAACGACGUUUUGAGCUUCUAGUGUCAGCGAAAAAAUUACUCUAUCUAUCAGAACGGCUUCGAUUCCGAGCAGCGGGAGUGGAUCGAGCAGACGUUUCGCAACACGAGUUCCCGGUACAUUCGCUUCUGCCCGGAUUGCUUCGGCGGGUACAAGCGGCACUACCGCCAGCGCGGCGUCCCGGAUCGAAACAAAUACGAAGAGAACUGGCAGCCGCCCGAGCGCGUGCCCGAGAUUUUCGAGCCGGUGCCCUUCCGCAAUGCCCGGGGCCACUUUUUCCGGCACCCGUACACCGGCGAGUUCGAGGCGUACUGCGAGCCCAACCCGAUCAAGAACAUCCCGAAAAUCCGCAUAAACUACCCCGAAACCCGGCCCUACCUGUACGAAAGGAAAGACAACAUCCACGAUUUAGUGAUUCCCGGGGGCAACAAGGAGCCCUUUCGGGUCACCAUGUACCAGGACCUGGCUAUUCCGCCAAUCUUGGUCGAGCAAGACCGCAAGUGCUGCGCGCUCUGCGGCAAGCGCGACGCAAAUUUCGCACUUGUGCAGCCCUGCUUCCACCGGUUUUGUCUCGAGUGUAUUCUCGACUGGACGGACUUCAACCACGACAUGUCGGAGUGCAUCGCGGAGUACGAACUACCUUUACCGUCCGGGACCUUUAUGGGCCGGCUCGCGGACGUGGACAAGCUCAAGCCGAAAAAGUGGUGCCCCGUGUGUCGGGAACACGUGCGGAAAGUGGUGUUGCUGGACGCCUUGCAGUACAGCAUCGGCGAUGGAAUCGUCGACAUCGAAGAUUGGGCGAAGGGACAAGGGUACCACUUUCUUAUGUCUGCCGGCAGAUCAUCAUCAUCUUGUAAAUUGCUUUUUCGGUCGGUUUUUCUAUUCGUAUGUUUUUUGGUAUUCGUUUUGAGCACGAAUCAAACACAAACUGUAUCAAAAAGACAAGAAGUACGCCAAUAACACAGGUACGUGCCCUACCCGGCGCGACCGCAACAGGAGCCGGAGCUCCGGCAGCACCUGGAGUAUCCCACCUUCCGCAACUCCGCGAGAAAAACGCAGUGGUUCUUCGAGCAGCACAAACGGGGCUACAUGUUCAUGCGAAAACUCAAGAUCAAGCGCAAGCACCACAAGCAGGUCACGGCAGCGGCCACAACGACCGGUGGGGACGACGCAGGCUCAGAAGAGGACGCGUAAAAACUAGAGUGUGCUGAAGCUGCACCAGCCGAACUCAACAAUCAUGGAAGUCAUGCUCAGGCUUUCGCGCACAAAGUUUUCACUUUUCAUCUAAAACUCACAAAAAUUGAGUGGUUUUUCCUUUCACUAAAGUACGUUUUUUCGCAAUGUUUUUCACUGCCUGCUCAAGACAAGGAGGCGCGAGCAGUAACUGAGGGCGAGUGAUUCACUUACACUAUUUGGCUAACUAGAAUUCAAAGGAGGUACGAAAGUUUUUUUCGUGUAACUACUACCCUUGAAAACGUUUUUGUCCACACGUAUUGCGCUCCCCCCAUCAUCUGUACUUUCCCUUUGACGAUGAUUCGCACUGUAUGUCAAGAUCUGGACCAAUUUAAGAAAUGCUUCCCGCAUCAUGCACAU